AUGAAAAGGAGGGUAGAGACAAAAAGCGGAAAAAAAAGUACGGUCGAAGAGGACCGGUGUGAAAACAACGAUAAUUUGUUGCCGGUGAAAAGGCAACUGUUUGGUCGUCGGCGGCAGUGGCGCGACGAUUGGACGGGGAGGAAGGAAGGACGUGGUGGCGGCGACCUGUCACCCGGACCAACGUACCGUGACACUGCUGCGGCUGCUACCGAGAGGACAGGACGAGCGAGCUCGAUAGAGUGA